AUGUGGGUUCGCUCAUAUCGCAUAAGAACACACAGAUACACUCAUUUAUGCUUAGCUGAAUGCAGGCGGAAAUGCUCUGAAGUUUUGGACCCCGAGAGUCCCGCUCCCAUUCUGCUGCAACGAACCAACAAGAAGCUGAAUUGCUUCAACAUCCAAGCAUCAAAUAUUCAGCGUAUUCUGGCAAAAAUUAAUGCGAAUAAAGCCACUGGUCCAGUCGGAGUUAGCACACAUCUCCGUACAUGUGCUGCUGAAAUAGCCUCUCCUCGAACACCCAUCUUGACAGAGUGCUUCUCAAAGACAAGCCGGCCUUCUAUUUGGAAAUCCACGAAGAUUGUACCAGUCCACAAAAAGGAUUCCACAUCGAAACCAAAUAAUUAUCGACCAAUUCCUCUUUUGCUAGCCAUUGAAAAUGUCUUUGGAGAGAGAAUUAUACAAAAGAUGUGUGAGCACCUCGAAAACAACAUAUUGCUUUCUUAUCGUCAUUAUGGCUUCACAACACUUCCCUAG